AUGGCGCACGACGCGUUUUCCAGCCACUGCUCUCGGCGGACGUGGCCAGCCGCUGGGUCGCUCCUCGCGUACUGCGCUGGCACUGCCAGCGCGGGCGAGAGCAGCAGUGCGGGCGAGAGCAGCAGUGGCAGUGGCGAGAGUGGUGUUGGGAGUGGUGGUGGGAGUGGCCUGCCUGCAGGAGCACGCGUCCUUGAGCUCGGCUCGGGGACAGGCUGGUUCGGCUGCACCCUCGCGGCUGUGCGGCCCGAUCUUAACCUCUGCCUGACCGAGAUGGCAGAGGCGGGCGCCUUUGAGGCGCUGUGCCGCAGCGUGCGGGAAUUCAAGCCGCCGCCUGCGGCCGUGAGAUGCUCGGAUCUCGUCUACUCAGCCGCAGGGGCGCGCGCCUUCGCAUCCAUCGUCGGCAAGCUGCUGCGGGCGGGCAAGGCGGCGGAGUGCCUCUACGCGCACACUGCAGAGCGGUGGGGCUCGAGCGGGUUCGACGCGGCGAGCCUCCCCGUCGCGCCGAGGGCUGACCUCCUCGAAAGCCUUCGCGGCGAGGGAUUGGUGCCGUCACUGGCGAGGGGCGUGGAGGUCGGCGACGACGCGCCCGUCGCCCAGCGCAGCUUUGUCUUUCGCGAGCUGCGCCCGCUGAAGAGUCAGCUGCUGCGCGAUUUGCAGCACUGGCCGCAUGCGUCCAUUCGAGAGCAGGAUCUGGACACGCUUCGCGAGCGCAAGGUUGAUCCCGGCGUGAGGGUUGCUCUCAUCAUUGCCAACGGCAGCGUCUACCUCCCAUCGCAGACGUUGUCGGCCAGUGGAGUGCCGGUCACAUGGCCCCGUGGACGCCACCCCCUGCUCGCGCAAGUUGUCGCCGAUUUGCGAGAGUUAGCUCCAUCGCUGCCCAAUGUCGAAAUGGUGCUGAAUACAGACGACUAUCCGUUUGUGCCCCGUCAGCCUCUCUCUCCGGACAGGCCAGUCGUGCCCCCACUCUUCUCACACUACCAAACGAGCCGGCAUGAUGACAUCUUGUGUCCCAGUGGCUCGUUCAGAUUGAGCGACUAUGACCGAAAGAUGCUGCGAGGCUCCGAGCACUGGGAGGCUCAGUUUCCGUGGAGGAAGAAGAUGAACCGCUCGUUCUGGCAGGGAAUGCCGUAUUGCGGCCUCAGCCGCUUCGGCCACUGCUCGCGCUUCUUGCUGUCCCAUCUAUCGGCGCAAAACGUCGUCUGUAGAUGA